AUAGGACACACAGCGUAUCAAGGACUUUGAAAGCGAAGUACUGAGGGCUUAGCUAACAUGAUAGGGUAUCGCGGAAGAUGUUUUACCCCGCACGUUUCGCUUGAUUAAGUUAUUUCUGCCCUUCGCUCCGGAGACCUUGAUGCUUCAGUCAGUGACUUUAAAGAUGAUCGAUUUAUAUCAACGAAUCGUAUUUAUUGUUCUCAUUUGGACGAUUGCGUCGACCGCUAAAACAACAUGCCCUAUUGGAUUCCAAUUCGCAGAAUACAAGUCAGGCAACCGCGGACUGUGUUACCGCAUCAAGGGCCCAGAAAGAUUCUCUGAUAUAUACAAAAACUGCACCGGGAAUCUAUACACAGUCGAACGCUAUAACAAUUUAAAAAUACCAGAGCACGAAUAUGCUUUGUGGACGCAGUACAAAAACGCAUAUCCUGGGGGGCGAUUCGUGGACUGGUCUUAUACAGAGACAACUGGAAGACUGCUACGUGAGAAAGUUCAACAAAAUGAAUCACUUCUGAACCAGGAUCUGUGCGUGGUGAUAGACUCAAUCACCAGUUUCACGGCAGUCAGUUGUGAAGCAAUGCAUCACAGGUAUUGCUUGGUUUAUCCCUAUGAAGACGAAAAGGCUUUAAAGAGUCAACCUUGUGCGGGUUUCGAUAAUGGCUAUAGAUUCUAUAGUCCGAUGCCUACGUGUUUGGCGGAGGUACCGGCUGUAGGUGAAGCAGCUGUCAGAGCAACAUGGAAACAAGCUAAAAACAUAUGCGAGAAACGGGGAGGAUACCUUUUGAACUUUGGAUGGAUGUAUUCCAACUUCAGGAGCUUUUCGCACUCGGCCUAUCCUUUGGGUUUCGCUUUUAAUUCUGAACUUACGGAGCUCAAGUUACACCUCAAUAACGGGACUAUUUUGAUACCAAGAUCGGAAUGGAAAUUUUCAGAAUUGCCUCAAACCAAUAAAACUCGUUUAAGUGCUGUGGGGAAUAAUAUGUGGUUCUCCGUGAACAGUUCAUUUGUGUUCUAUGCCGUGAUAUGUGAGGUAUCCGUACCAGUGAAGGAUGUUGUAUUGAAUCUUACAAUCGAUUCCGAUGACAGACUCAUUUUAAACGUAAGCGAGCCAGUACCGAGAAGGUAUUUGAAGUGCUUCACCGACUCAGUGAAGUACUACCCCACUCCAGUGGACUUGGACCACGACGAAGAAAACACUUACGUGGUUCAGGAAAAGAAGAACGGUUACUAUUGGUGUAUUCACACGGAUUCCAAGAGCUACACGAUCUCGCAAUCCAAUAAGGUUUUGCACAUACCAAAGAAGAACUCCUUGGACCACGUGUACGCCGUCAAACUUCAUCUACAGUCUUAUACAGAUCCUGAAAAAAUUUACAAGGCACUAGAAAAGCUGGAAGAGUACAUAUACUUAUCGACCAAGUAUUUUAAUGUUCAUGGGAACGAUGCGGCAACGGAGGAUCAACUGAGGAGUUUUGAAUUGACAACACCUUCGGUCGGUGUAAGAGAAGUGCUGUCCAACGCUAGGCUAAAGAAGUGGUUCGUUGGUGGUAGAGCGUUGUUGGUUCACUUCGAACUCGAUUCCAGCAUGAGACCCGUCCGCCCUGGGACCUGGAAAGGGCUUGAAUUAGUUUUUAUGAAGCCCGUGUACUACUGCCCUGACGAGAGCUUGGAAAGCGGCGAAGCGAAGCACUUAGGUGAAUCGAUAUCGAACACAAGAUGUCAGACGAGGAAAUGCGUGGGAGAUUACAACGAGGGCGUGCAGUGGCUUCUGACCACGACUAGCGAUUGCGAGAUGAGGCUCCCGGUGACCCUGUCCAACGCGCUCAAGGUCAAAGAGGUCACGCAGCUGAUGCCGACCGUUGCGAACUUACUACCCGACCACACGUUUGGGGUUCUGGAUACGGAAUCCACGACUCCCGCCGUGGGAUACACACAGACGACAAUCGAAACACAAACCGCUACAAAUGAUCCCGUACUACGCGAUGUACGCGACAGCUCCGAGGAGAUCACCGAAACCACUCGGAGGCCGACUCGGCCUCCGCCUCCGCCAACGGACCCCGUCAUCACCGUAACGACCCCCACUGACGUCAUCACAGCCGUACCUACCAUGCCCCCAACCACAAUGCCCAGACCCUCGCCAGAAGACCAGCUUCUACAAGUAAUGGAAAAUCUAGAAUCCAUCAUCAAUAACGCAUCGUUGGCAGUCUCCCUGGAAACUAUUAGCAGUUCGUUUGAUCAGGUAGACGGUCUAUUAUCCGAGGACGACGAUCUGGAUAUACCUGGUGAACUUCUGCAUUUACUGGACAAUAUUGGUCCUAGACUAAAUUUAGACGGAUCAGAUGCAGCGACAGUUAGGGAGAACAUCGCCCUUGUGGUCGCUAAGGGCGACGAGAGCCUCCCGAUGAGAGGCUUGAGGUUAGCCACCAGAGAGACUGAUGCUUUUACGGAUCAUGCCUUUGAGGUUAUCAGAGAUGAAAUAAACUCAAGCUUACUCCAACCGGAGCUCAGUGAUGUUGUGGUCAAGAUACCGGGGUCGGUGUCCGUUUCCAAUAGGAGGGUCAGCUUCGUGGUGUUCAGAACUGACCGCGCCUUCAGAAAUCCAGGGUCCGAAUAUUCCGUGAACAGCAGAGUCGUCAGCAUCAAAAUAGGGAAUCUGACGCGGUUUCAAGACGAGGAGUUUAUCGACAUUUAUCUGAAUCCAAUAGUGGAACUGCCGGGGAGCAAGCAAAAGCGAGUUUGCGCGUACUGGGAGUUCCUAGAGGACGGAACAGGGUACUGGUCACAGGACGGAUGUGUUCUGAUGCGCUCUGAAGAUGAAGGGAUGCUGGAUUACUGCCGAUGCACUCAUCUGACACACUUCGCUGAGAUUCUGAUACCUAGGACGUCCUUCUCUGACGCCCACGAAAACGCUCUCGAGCUGAUCUCUGUGAUCGGCUGCUGUGUCUCCAUUUUAGGGCUGGUCUUGGUCGCCAUCACCGCGAUCCUCUUCAGGUCCUGGCGCCGGGAUUUCACCAACAAAAUCUGGCUGCAGCUCUGCCUCGCUAUAUUCAUAACCAGCGUCUGCUUCCUCGUCAUCGUGUUCGCUGACUUCCUGGAGUACAACAUCGCUUGCAUGCUGGUCGGGGUUUUGUUGCACUACGCUGUCUUGGCGUCCUUCUGUUGGAUGCUGGUCGCAGCUAUCAUUUCGUAUAGGAAGCUGGUGAUAGUGUUCUCCAGAGACGCUUCGCACAAGCUGCUGAAGGCGUCCGCAUUUUCGUGGGGAGCUCCGUGUGCCGUGGUCGGCGUGCUUCUCUCGGUCGCUCCGCACUCAUACGCGGGACAAUUCGACGGAGACGUUCGCAGCGGGGCCUUCUGCUAUCCCUCGGGGCUGUCGUUGUGGCUGACGGUGUACGCUCCCAUCGCCGUGAUGCUGCUGGUGAACUGGACGCUAUUCCUCCUGAUAGUGCGCUCCGUGUUCGCUUCCCGAAGGAUCCAGAGGCACGGGGACUCGAACGAGGCGCUCCGUUGUGCGUCCGUCUCCUGUCUCCUGGUCUUCUUGUUCGGUCUGCCGUGGGUCUUCGGUUUGUUCCUGAACAACAUCGUCACGGUGUACUUGUUCAACUUGACCGCGACCUUUCAAGGUUUCGUGCUGUUCCUCUUCUUUGUCCCGGGCAAUAAGAAGACCAGGGAUCUGUGGUUGAACAAGUUGAAGAUCAAGCAGACGCGCAAGGUUCCGGUCACGUCUUCGACGUAUACGAAUAGGAGUACCGGUGGAAACCCUGGUUCCAGGGUAGGGAACACAAGUGUACCUGCGCAAUCCAAAGAGACCAAGCCCAGGUCUAUGUCUUCUAGUGACGACUCAAGGUUCUCUUGACGAAGACCGAACUUUAUGAUGAUUAAUAAGAAACUGUGGAUUUUGUUGAAUACCGGUCGAAAGCCGCAGAACUCUGCCUAAAUAUCGGAUAUUUUAUCGAAUUCGGCAAAGAAAAAAGCUCCCGGGGUCUUCAACGAAGCGUUUUCGAAACUUUUAAGCUCGAUUAACUUUUGUGUCUAGUCUGUUUAUAAUUUAUUCUGUGUUCAGUAAUUAAUUUUAUUAUAAUGUAAAAAUGAA